UCGUUAGUUUCAUAGAAACGGCCGACCACAGAAGCAGAUAGCAUGACUCCUUUGUUUCUGUUCCUUUUGUCGUCGCUGGUAGCUACCACUUGCGGAUUACCUCCAGGAGAUCAUCAGUCAAGAAUAGUGAAUGGCACAGACGCUGCAGACGGCGAAUUUCCUUUCGUGGUUCAGUACGUUUAUCUGCUUGGGUCACCGGAAUGCGGCGCCUCUGUCAUCAAUGAGUACUGGGUGAUGACUGCAGCCCACUGUGUAUACCUCUCCGAUGUGGAAAACAUGUACAUCCGUCCUGGCACCAACGACGGAAGAGAUGAUGAAGCACCAAUGAUCCAUGUCAGUGAACGAGUCGUUCACGAGAAUUUCAGUAGGGUGAGCCUAGAAAACGAUAUUGCGCUGUUGAAGCUGGAGCAGCCCCUGUCAUUUGGCCCUAAAAUACAGCCAGCGCUUCUGCCAGAACCAUUUGAACAGACUGCAGCUGGAACAGAAGCCACCGUUGUUGGGUGGGGAAUGACAGAGGCGUACCCUCCCACAAACGCCCUGCAGAAAGCUGACAUCGUGGUGUGGUCAGACGAGGACUGCCAGCAGGCGUACUCGGGCUACGACUACCAUCCGCUGCCGUCCAACAUCUGCGCCGCGCUGCCAGAGGGCGGCAGAGGCCAGUGUAACGGAGAUUCUGGGAGCCCUCUGAUAGCAAAUGGCUAUCAAAUCGGAAUAGUCUCAUGGUCCAGGAAACCUUGCGCUUCUAGAGGAUCACCAGGAGUUUUCACAGAAGUUUCUUAUUACGUGGACUGGAUAAAAGAGAAGACGAGCAACUCUUCCACAGCUGACAAAAUUUCAUCAAGUUAGUCCAUACACGCCCUAAUAUAAGAAACUGCGCUUUUAUUUGGAUUUAAAAUGUGUAUAAUGUUUUCAGUUGCUUAAAAUAAAACGAGAGAAACCCGCUUUCAAUGUCAA